GAGAGUCGUCACGCCCGCUCCGGUGCAGCUGCAGCCAUGGGUCGACAGAAGGAGCUGGUGUCCCGCUGCGGCGAGAUGCUCCAUAUCCGCUACCGGCUGCUGCGCCAGGCUCUGGCUGAGUGCCUGGGGACCCUCAUCCUCGUGAUGUUUGGCUGUGGCUCUGUGGCCCAGGUGGUGCUCAGCCGGGGCACCCACGGUGGUUUCCUCACCAUCAACCUAGCCUUUGGCUUCGCUGUCACCCUGGGCAUCCUUGUGGCUGGCCAGGUAUCUGGGGCCCACCUGAACCCUGCUGUGACAUUUGCCAUGUGUUUCUUGGCGCGUGAGCCCUGGAUCAAGCUGCCCAUCUACGCCUUGGCUCAGACUCUAGGAGCUUUCCUGGGUGCUGGGAUUGUUUUUGGGCUGUAUUACGAUGCAAUCUGGGACUUUGCCAAAAAUGAGCUCGUGGUCUCGGGCCCCAAUGGCACAGCUGGCAUCUUUGCCACCUACCCCUCUGGACACUUGGACAUGGUCAAUGGAUUUUUCGACCAGUUCAUUGGCACCGCCUCCCUCAUCGUGUGCGUGCUGGCUAUCGUUGACCCCUACAACAACCCCGUCCCCCGUGGCCUGGAGGCCUUCACCGUGGGUCUGGUGGUUCUGGUUAUCGGCACCUCCAUGGGUUUCAACUCGGGCUAUGCUGUCAAUCCCGCCCGGGACUUCGGUCCCCGCCUUUUCACCGCCAUUGCUGGCUGGGGCUCCGAAGUCUUCACGACUGGCCGCCACUGGUGGUGGGUGCCCAUCGUCUCUCCACUCCUGGGCUCCAUUGCGGGCGUCUUCGUGUACCAGCUCAUGAUCGGCUGUCACCUGGAGCAGCCUCCGCCCGCCACUGAGCAGGAGAAUGUGAAGCUGGCCCAUGUGAAGCACAAGGAGCAGAUCUGAGUGGGCAGGGGCCUCCUCCCCACCCCCCUUCCUCGAGCACCCACAGACUGUGCAGGGGCUGCUCCCUAGAAGCCUUCACGGCUCCCUCCCAG